AUGAGUUCACCAUCGGCUGAAUACCACAAAGAACUUCGGAUAGAAACCAAUGACGAUGAUCAUCGUGACUCUGAGCUAACAGAUAGCGAUCGCCGUGAUCGAAGUAUGUUGAAAAAGGCACCUGUGUCAACCAAUAAAUCAUCAAACCCGCCCAUAUCACCCUUGCAAUCUUUCAUGGGUAACUUGAUGAGCACCAAGAGAGUAACACGCAUAGUCGAAGACAAUGCUCGAAUUUCUUCGGUGAAGCAAAACUUUACCGUGAGCACUAACGAGGCGAGAAGAGGCAGCGAACGAUGGGCAUCUGCGUCUACGUUUUCGUCAGACACAACGACUCGCAUUCCAAUGUCGGCAAUAGGUUCGCCAUUGCCAUCAUCGUCCGCCUCAAGAUUUACAGUGCCAAUGCCAAAUGCAGAAUCACAAUUCUUUUCUCCUCCUACACGGCCAGCAUCCACAGUGGAUGCUUCAGCUUUUUCUUCAUCGCUGAAAGUGUCACCCCGCCAAGAAGAGGAUACUUCUCCUUCCAAUAGGACAUCCGAACGACGAGGUGGAAGAACAAGAUCACCAAAUCACUCUUCCGCUCCCAGGAAACCAAAACGUAGAAACUCUUCGGAUCUGUCACUAUCGCCAAUCAGAUGA